GCCAAUCAUUUGUUUAGAAAAACUACAAUAUAUUCAUACAAAUAUGUUAGUAUUAGUAAUCGGAGAUUUUCACAUUCCUUAUAGAUCCUACACUCUUCCCGAUCAAUUUUUAAAAUUGCUCGUCCCAGGAAAAAUACAACAUAUUUUAUGUACAGGUAAUCUCUGCACACAGGAUACAUUUAAUUAUCUAAAAACAUUAGCAAAUGACGUGCAUGUAGUUAGGGGAGAUUUUGAUGAGGAAGGCUUCCCAGAACAAAAAGUUGUAACUGUUAAUAAGUUUAGAAUAGGGCUAGUUCAUGGACAUCAACUAAUUCCUGUUCCAAGCAAAGAUAAUAAGUAUUCACUAUUGGCCCUUCAACGUCAACUUGAGGUAAAUAUCUUAAUAACUGGAAACACUCAUAAAUUCGAGGCCUUCGAACUCGGUGGCAAAUUUUAUUUGAACCCUGGAUCAGUGACUGGUGCCUUUAAUCCUACCCUAUCUUACCCGGAUCAAGACAAGCAUGAAAAGGAGGACCCUAUACCAUCUUUCGCCUUGAUGGACAUUCAAACCGAUAAUGUUACCACUUAUAUUUACAGGCUAAUCAAAGGGGAAGUUAAAGUAGACAGAGCCGAGUAUCGUUUAUCAUCGGAAGAAAAAAAUGUUAACAGCGUUGAUCCCGUUAGAAAUGCAAAGCUGCCUCAAACCUUUUCUAUAAUUUAUUAAUUUUUAAAUUAAAAUAUUCAAUUAUAUAUACUAUAUGUAAUAUUAAUUAUAUUUAAUA